AUGGCAGUCUCCAAAAAAGCUCGAGAACAACAUGAACCGUUUGUGGGGCCGACUACGAUUCUUUCUCUCACCUUGGCUAGUGUAUCACCCCAAAAAAUGAGUUCACAUAGAAGCAUAUCUAGCUUUCUACCACGGUUCAGAUAUGCCUCGACAAUCGCCUUUGGCAGACGUGUAGCGGAACUGGAUGCAAAGGCUAUCCGGGAACUGCCCACUCACGAAUUGUUGCAGAGACUCGGAUACAUCCGCCAGGACCACGCUGGGCUCGUGCAUUGGCUUCCUCUUGGAUUACGGACUCUUCGCAAUAUUGAGACCAUAAUUGGCAAACGAAUGACCGAAUGUGGGUCUCUAGAAGUGGCCCUUAGCAGUAUCUCUGGUUCAGAGCUAUGGAAGAAAACUGGCCGCUGGGGAAACGAAGAGUUGUUCAAGUUGAAAGGUGAUUUUUGUCUCGUUCCAACAUGUGAGGAGGAAAUAACGCGAUUGGUCAAUGAUGCUGUAAGUAGCUACAAAGAGCUUCCCUUGGUGGUACACCAGAUCACGCGAAAGUACCGUGAUGAGAAGCGUCCUCGAGCUGGAUUGCUGCGGGGCCGCGAAUUUUUGAUGAAAGACGCAUACUCUUUUGACUCUGAUGAAGCCGGUGGUCUCGCUACUUUCGAGCGACUAAACUCGGCUUAUCGUGCCAUUUUCACGGAUUUACGGGUUCCCUUCGUGGCGGCCAAUGCGGAUAGCGGCGAUAUAGGCGGUGAUCUUAGCACAGAAUGGCACUAUCGCCAUUCUUCUGGUGAGGACGUGCUGUUUGAGUGUUCGGGGUGUGGGUCGGUUAGCAAUUCUGAGAAGGCUACCUCGGUGCCGGCUGAAACGGAGCCUGCUGCUAGGCGUGCCAAAGCAGCCUAUUUCACCACCCAGAGUCGUGACAAGCUGGUGGUGAUGUACUACCCGGAAGACAGAGUUCUCAAUCCUCAAUUUGCACGCAGCGAGAUUCCUGAUCUAGACCUUUCUUUGCGAGAUGAGGCUGCUGUUCUUGAAAUUUUUGAAGACGAGGAUGCGUUUCUCAGCAAAUGGAUUGUUCGUAUAAUGGAUCCGAGAGUGACGCGUGAAACUGACCUUCCUGAUCUCAAAGUUCCUUACCACCGGAACGCGAUGUCCACGUUUUUGGACGUUCCAUUGGUGGAGGCCCGUGAGGGUGAAGUUUGUGGUUCAUGCUUUGAAGGAACGCUUUCUGCAUCGCGGGCCAUAGAAGUCGGUCACACCUUCUAUCUAGACGAGAAGUAUUCUUCCGCACUUGGAGCCGGGUUCACUGACGAAUCUGGAGCAUUCACGCCAUUCAAAAUGGGAUGUUACGGAAUUGGGGUAUCACGAUUGGUGGCUGCAAUUGCAGAAGUUUUAAGAGACUCUCAGGGACUCAGAUGGCCGGCUACAGUUGCCCCAUAUAAGGUUGGAAUUGUUCCUGGAUCAGGAGCAGAUGAAGAGGUCAUAACUAAGGCAAAGACACAGCUCGAGGAAGCAGGUUUCAGCGUGCUGGAAGACUCACGUCCAAAGGUGUCUGUAGGCAAGAGACUUCGUGAGAACAAAUGCCUUGGACUUCCUCUCCAGAUCAUCAUUGGCAAGCUAUAUCCGCUUGUGGAGAUUGAGGUUCGUGGCCAGAGGUUUGGCACUACAUCCGAGGAGGCACAGAGGUCUGGAAAAUGGAACUGGGAAGUUGUAAGCAGCGAUGUCGGUGAAAAACAUUUGGUUCAUGUGGACGAUCUCGUGGAGGUGGUGGGAGUGUUACUGAAGGAUCUUUGA